AUGUCGCAAUCCGGACCCGAUGCCCAGGAUUCGAAGCAGCCAGGGACGACUCCCCUGCGACGGGAGCGGGCCCCUACUAUAACCAUCGACACAUCGGCCCAGAUCCUCCCCAUACCACCCCAUCCCUCACUGCAGCUGUCUACCGAAAAUGUCGAUGCGAAUGAUAUGAGCGCUCUGCUGAGCAGCGGAGCUGUCUCGCCAUCGUCGGUCCGCUCUUUUGCGUCGUCUGAACUCCGGGACUACGAAAGCCGACCAACAUCUCCACACAACAUCUCAUCCCCCGCGUCGAAAAUGACGGAGCCCAUGUCGAACUCGAAUUAUCUAGCGGUCCCCGGGACGAGAUCUCGCGGAAACUCCCUGGAGUCAGAGGACUCGAACCACUCGUCUAACAGCUCAUACGGGGGAGAUACCUACGUGACAACGGCCUCCCACGGAUCACGAACGGAUUUGACCCAGAAUACUAUUGUCAAUGACGAAGAUGCCCUUAAGCCGGAUCCCGGGCGGGAAGCCGAGUUCGAGGUGGAGGACAACAAAUUCGCAUUUUCCCCGGGCCAGCUGAACAAACUACUAAACCCCAAGAGUCUGGGUGCACUUCACGCCUUGGGUGGAUUGCGUGGCAUCGAAAAGGGGCUUCGCACCGACACACGGAGUGGCUUGAGCUUGGAUGAAGGUGGCUUGGACGGUACAGUCAGCUUUGAGGACGUGACCACCUCGCAGGCGCCCGAUUCCCUGCCAAAGUCGACUUCCCCGGCGCCAUCGAGCCCUCCCAGGGCCGACACGAGCCCAGCGAAGCCGGUCGUCAGUGAAAACGCCUUUAUGGAUCGCGUUCGUGUCUACGGAAGGAACAGACUCCCCGAAAGAAAGGCCAAGAGCUUUUUCGAGCUGGCCUGGAUCGCGUACAAUGACAAGGUCUUGAUUCUGCUGACAAUAGCUGCGAUUAUCUCCCUUGCUCUCGGAAUCUACCAAUCAGUAACGGCAACGGGAAAUGAGGCACGUGUGCAAUGGGUUGAAGGUGUGGCCAUCAUUGUGGCUAUUUUGAUUGUGGUGAUUGUGGGUGCGGCGAACGACUGGCAAAAGGAGCGUCAAUUCGUCAAGCUGAACAAGAAGAAAGACGAUCGAAUGGUCAAGGUUGUGCGAUCCGGAAAAACCGCGGAAAUUUCCAUCCACGAUAUCCUCGUCGGCGAUGUUAUGCAUCUUGAACCCGGCGACCUCAUUCCAGUCGACGGCAUCUUCAUCGACGGCCACAACGUCAAGUGCGACGAAUCCUCUGCGACUGGUGAAUCGGAUGUGUUGCGCAAAAUGCCUGCCAACGAUGUCUACAAUGCGAUCGAGAAAAAUGAGAGUACCCCAAAGCAUGACCCAUUCAUCGUAUCCGGUGCCAAGGUCUCGGAAGGAGUGGGCACUUUCCUCGUUACAUCGGUUGGCGUUCAUUCGACAUUUGGAAAGACGAUGAUGUCUCUUCAGGAUGAAGGCCAGACGACCCCGCUGCAGUCGAAGCUGAAUGUACUCGCUGAAUACAUUGCGAAACUCGGCCUCGCCGCCGGAUUGCUUUUGUUUGUCGUGCUUUUUAUCAAGUUCCUCGCCCAGUUGAACAGCCUAGGCAAUGCCUCCGAGAAAGGCCAGGCUUUCCUACAGAUCUUCAUUGUUGCUGUGACCGUCAUUGUCGUGGCUGUGCCGGAAGGAUUGCCUCUUGCUGUUACUCUGGCCCUCGCGUUUGCGACGACACGAAUGCUCAAGGACAACAACCUCGUACGCCUGCUAAGAGCCUGUGAAACCAUGGGAAACGCCACAACCAUCUGUUCCGACAAAACUGGUACACUGACCGAGAAUAAGAUGACGGCCGUGGCAGCUACCCUUGGAAAGAACCUGCGGUUUGGAGACAAAUCCCCCGGGGCUUCUGAUCGUCCGGACGGUGACCGAGGCCGUGAUCCUGCAACAACCCUGCCGCCCUCCGAAUUCGCCUCCAGUCUUUCCGCUCCAGCCAAAGAGCUGUUGGUCGACUCCAUUGUGCUGAACUCUACGGCAUUCGAAGGAGAACAGGACGGUUCGACGACCUUCAUUGGAUCCAAGACCGAGACUGCUCUUCUGGGCUUUGCUCGGACGUAUCUCGGUCUCGGAUCCCUCAGCGAGGCACGGGACAAUGCCACUGUCGCCCAGAUGAUGCCGUUCGACUCGGGACGCAAGUGCAUGGCAGUGGUUAUCAAGAUGAACAAUGGCAAGUACCGGAUGUUGGUCAAGGGUGCAUCGGAGAUUCUGGUUGCAAGGUCCACGCGCAUCGUUCUUAAUGCGAAACAGGACAUUACGGAUGGGCCUAUGUCGGAACAGGAUCGGACGAACUUGGACAAUGUCAUCACCUACUAUGCGUCUCAUUCGUUGCGAACCAUCGGCCUGGUGUACCGGGACUUCGACCAGUGGCCCCCUCGUGGAGCGCCCACGCAAGAGGAAGAUCGGUCCCUCGCAGUAUUCGAUGCAAUCUUUAAGGACAUGGUCAUCUUGGGCGUUUUCGGUAUACAAGAUCCCCUACGACCGGGUGUGACUGAGUCGGUCCACCAGUGCCAGCGCGCAGGCGUCUUUGUGCGCAUGGUGACUGGUGAUAACCUCAUGACUGCUAAAGCCAUUGCUCAAGAAUGCGGCAUCUUCACCCCCGGCGGUAUCGCCAUCGAGGGCCCCAAGUUCCGCCAGCUGAGCAGCCGCCAGAUGACCCAGAUUAUUCCUCGACUGCAGGUAUUGGCCCGCUCGAGCCCUGACGACAAGAAGUUGUUAGUCACUCAGCUCAAGAAGUUGGGCGAAACGGUUGCAGUCACGGGUGAUGGUACCAAUGAUGCACAGGCUCUCAAGACCGCUGAUGUUGGGUUUUCCAUGGGAAUUUCUGGCACAGAAGUGGCCAAGGAGGCAUCUGAUAUUAUCCUCAUGGACGACAAUUUCACCUCGAUCAUCAAGGCUAUGGCUUGGGGCCGCACAGUCAAUGAUGCCGUCAAGAAAUUCCUGCAGUUCCAGGUCACUGUCAACAUUACAGCCGUCAUCCUCACGUUCGUUUCUGCAGUUGCGAGCGGUGAUGAGGAGUCUGUGCUGACAGCCGUCCAACUUCUCUGGGUCAAUCUUAUCAUGGACACCUUCGCCGCCCUUGCCCUUGCGACCGACCCCCCCUCCCCUCAUGCCCUCGACCGCCGGCCUGAACCGAAGUCCGCGCCGCUCAUCAGUCUGACUAUGUGGAAGAUGAUCAUCGGGCAGAGUAUCUAUCAGCUGGUCGUCACGCUGGUCCUGAACUUUGCUGGCAAAUCUAUCUUCAACUACAAGACCGCAGACGAGCUGGAUCAGCUCGAAACGGUGGUAUUCAACACCUUCGUCUGGAUGCAAAUCUUCAACCAAUGGAACUCCCGCCGGCUUGACAACAACUUCAAUAUCUUCGAAGGCAUGUGGCGGAAUGUGUGGUUCCUCGGAAUCCAGUUGAUCAUCGUUGGCGGCCAGAUCCUGAUCAUCUUCGUCGGUGGGCAGGCGUUUUCUGUUAGCCGGCUCAAUGGACCGCAGUGGGGCGUCUCGCUGGUUCUGGGCGUGAUCUCGCUUCCCAUCGGCGUGAUCAUUCGACUGAUUCCGGACGAAUUCAUCAACAGGCUCAUUCCCCGGUUCUGGCAGCGCAAGAAGGGCCCCGAGCUUCUGGUCUCCGACGAGGACCGACGAUUCGAGUGGAACCCUGCCCUGGAGGAAAUCCGCGAUCAAUUGAAAUUCAUCAAGACGCUCCGUGGAGGCCGCUUGAGGCACAUUCGACACAAACUCCAACACCCCGAGGAGCUCCUCCCGAGAUCUCGAAGUGGUUCCCGAUCCAGGGAAGCCUCGAUCCCUGGGACCCCCAUUGGCGAGAAUAGUGAGAGCACACCGACCCAGCCUCCAACUCCCGAGUCGCGGCCCCGAAUUCGCACUCGGUCUCGGUCAAACUCCGCCUUUGGGCCUGCUGCUGCUAUGGCCGGGAUUGUUGCCGGCAGCAUUGCGGGCUGGUCUCCGAUCGAACGGGCGCCCGAGAGUGGCGAAGCGUUCCGAAUCCAGUCGGACAGUCCUCACGGCGGCCUGGAUAAGCAGAAGGGCAUCGAGAUCCACCCCGACACCGCUUCUGAUGACCGCAUCCUGGGCGAGUAUCAGGCCAGCUCCAAGACUCCGCCCAGCCAAAACCCCGACCUUCUCCCCUUCUUCGAACAUGCGCCUCCGGAGCGAGCUCCAUCCCACCGCAGCAAGAGAUCCGUCUCUCGACUGUCGCGUUCUAGUCAAAGCCAGGCGUGA